UUUUAAAAAAAAAUAUUAUUAUUCUUCCGAUAAAUAGUUUUGGAAUUCCUCGCUCAUCAGUUCCGUUCUGCUGCUGGGAUUUUCCCAAAUCUCAUUCGUCGUUGAUAGAGAGGCGGGCAAAAGGCGUUGCGAUCGCGGAUCUCGAAGACAUUGGAGCAGAUACGAAUCACUGUGGGAUGCAGCAGCAGGACGCCUUCGCCGCCGGCGAAGAGAUCCGGGCUCCCUUCGCCGUCCCCGAGCGGAGGCCACCGGUUUUCUGCCCCAAGCCACGGAGACUGAGCCAGUUGACCACCGCCGUCGCCGAUCCGUUCCUGCCCCUUCGAUGUCAUUCGAGUUACCAAAAGAAUUUCUCAGAUUCGAAGGCCGGAGCAGAUCUCCUUGACAUAUUUCUCACAAAGGGCGAAGAUCAGAAUCAACUAGCUUCCUCGCCGCCCUUCUUCUGUGGCUCACCGCCGACCCGUGCGGCGAACCCCGUCGUCCACGAUGCCCGCUUCGGUGAGGAACGUCCGCAACCGGCUUCCAUCGCCCCGUCCCUAUUAACGCAACCUAACCCACCGAUGUCGCCCAAGCAAGUCCGUGUGCACGCCAAGUUCGACCUGGCUCCGGCCGCCGUCCGCGUCGAGGGUUUUGACUGCCUCGACCGCGGCCGCCGGAGCUGUAGCAGCAUCACUGCCACGGCCUGAACAGAAGAGAAAGAGAAAAGAAAAGAAUAACAUAAAAAAACCAAGCUUAACAACAGGGAAGGAGAAGAAUUUUGAGGUAAAAAUUGGAGCUUUGAGGUAUUUUCCAUGACCUUCAAUUAGCUUUCCUUUCCAACUGUACAUUUUGACCAGUAGCAAUCUUCUUCUACGUAGAAACCAAAUAAGGCAAACUAGAGAGGAACGAAAGGACAAUCUUUUAUUGUCUUUUUGGUUUUUCUUUUUGAUCCAUGAAUUGGAUUUGUUUAAGCUUCAAACUUGUUCCUAGGCUGUUCUUGGUUUGUAUAACCUUUGAGAGUCCUGAAAUAUGUAAAUAUCUAAUCUGUAAAAAGUAGGUUUCUUUUAUCUUCCCUCUUCAAUGUUCAUAGUU